UCAGGCGCUGGGGUCAUUCAGUAACCAGAGCCUCUGGAGGAAAGCACCUGUCCACGGUGGGCCACCAGGAGCCCUGGAGCAUAACCCCAGGCCCUGCAGGUCAGACACCCUUGAGGACAGCCAUCACCUGGCCCUGGUACCCCGUGCCUUGGACGGCUGUUCUCAGUGAAGGACCGUGCGCCCACCCCUGAGCAGCGACCAUGGGCCUGCUUGCCUACCUGAAGACCCAGUUUGUGGUGCACCUGCUCAUUGGCUUCGUCUUUGUGGUGAGUGGGUUGGUUAUCAACUUCACCCAGCUGUGCACACUGGCCCUCUGGCCCAUCAGCAAGCAGCUAUACCGCCGCAUCAACUGCCGCCUGGCCUACUCGCUCUGGAGCCAGCUGGUCAUGCUCCUGGAGUGGUGGUCCUGCACGGAGUGCACUCUCUUCACCGACCAGGCCACCGUGGACCGCUUUGGGAAGGAGCACGCAGUUGUCAUCCUUAACCACAACUUCGAGAUCGACUUCCUCUGUGGGUGGACCAUGUGCGAGCGGUUUGGCGUGCUGGGGAGUUCCAAGGUGCUGGCUAAGAGGGAGCUGCUGUGCGUGCCUCUCAUCGGCUGGACGUGGUACUUUCUGGAGAUCGUAUUCUGCAAAAGGAAGUGGGAGGAAGACCGGGACAUUGUCAAAGAGGGGCUGAAGCGCUUGGCGGACUACCCAGAAUGCAUGUGGUUUCUCCUCUACUGCGAAGGAACACGCUUCACAGAGACCAAGCACCGCAUCAGCAUGGAGGUGGCUACCUCCAAGGGGCUGCCGCCACUCAAGUACCAUCUACUGCCCCGGACCAAGGGUUUUACCACUGCGGUCCAGUGCCUCCGGGGGACAGCUGGAGCCAUCUACGAUGUGACUCUGAACUUCAGGAGUAGUAAGAACCCGUCCCUGCUGGGAAUCCUCUAUGGGAAGAAAUAUGAGGCGGACAUGUGUGUGAGGAGGUUUCCCCUGGAAGACAUCCCCACAGAUGAGAACGAUGCAGCCCAGUGGCUUCACAAGCUGUACCAGGAGAAGGACGCCUUGCAAGAGAUGUACAAGCAGAAGGGCACAUUCCCAGGAGAGCCGAUCAAGCCUGCCCGAAGGCCGUGGACCCUCCUGAACUUCCUGUGCUGGGCCACCAUCCUACUGUCCCCCCUCUUCAGCUUUGUCCUGGGUGUCUUUGCCAGUGGAUCCCCACUCCUCAUCCUGACGUUCUUGGGGUUUGUAGGAGCAGCUUCCUUCGGAGUCCGAAGACUGAUAGGAGUGACCGAGAUAGAAAAAGGCUCCAGCUAUGGCAACCAAGAGCUUAAGAAAAAGGAAUAAUUAAUGCUGUGAUUGAACACCCAUAACCUGACGCGGUAUCCAAUUAACUCAAUUAAAAACAGAACACACGAGAACGAGGGAAAGAGACACUUAGAGACUAUUUUUCUUAUUAACUGGUGACUAAUAUUAACAAAACUUGAGCCAAGAGCAAAGAACUCAGCUGCCAGGUGAAGAUGGUCAGCCAGCACCCAGGGUCCCAUCGGCCCUCUGCGGGGACAGAGGCGGGCUUGGGGAAGGUGGUAGGGCUGUGGGGCUCCCCCAGAACUUUGCCUCCAAGAGGCGGCCUUGGCUGCUCUCCCUUCUUAAACUUAGAAUGAGGCUUUUGUUUCUUAUUUGUUAUUUUGGGAACUUAACCUGGCCCCCACCUUGUGCCCUGCACCCCAGAACACUGGCUCGUCAUGGGUGCCGCUGUCCUCAUUGGGGGACAGGUCAGCUGGAUCCUUCUCCUACAGAGCUCAUUUGUCCUGCCCUGCUUAGCACCUCUGCUUCUAGCCAGGGGGAGGAAGUCUUAGAGAUAAGCACACACUGAAUGUAGAUCUGGCCCCUUUGUCCCUGCUCUGCCCAGGGGCUGAAGACCACCUCUCCGUCCUCUGCAGCACCAUUGGCACUGCCUCUCUGGAGGCUGUGUUUUAAGCACCUUAUGUCUCUUUUUAAAGUGAACGCCCAAGAACUCUGCAGAAUGUGGAAACCCUGAGUUCAUACAGCACCUCCAUACAGGUCCAUGGCCCCCUCGUCCUCUGUAGCCAGCAGGCUGAAGUCCUGCACCUGGGCCCCACACCUCCAAGUUGUGGUGUCUGGGGGCUCCAGCCUGUGGGACUCACCUGGGACACUCUUCAGGAGGUGGUGUCACCAUCAGGCCUCCUUGUUCUCAGUCAGACACCUUUAGUGCUUGUUAGAAUUAGAAUUUAUUUUUACAAAUUGGUCUGUGGCUGGCUCGCAGCUUCUCCCUGCCCUCAUCCUCUCUUGCCUCUGCCCAGGAAAGUGUCAUGGCUGCCAUCCACAUCCACCGUUGCCCAAUACCACUUCAGUGACAGAAGCUGUCCUGGCAGACAACAGGGGUCCUCUGCCUGCACUGGUGCCUUGCCAGGGUCCCGUGGGCUGGCCCUGGAGGCACAUUUUCUUCCUUACUCAGCGCAGGAAGGCCUGCCUGGUUUCUGGGAGAUCUUUGUCCUCGGGAAACAGCGUCAUAUACUUUUACCUUCUGUCUGGAACCUUCCAUAGUCCCUUUUACAGUCAUUUCACGUUUUCUAACAAGGAAAAACCGGGUAUUCUUUCUGGCAUACUGCAGCCAGAGUUCAGAGUAAAGGCAGAGAAGAUUAAUAGGGCACACCGGAAGAAGGAGACCUGGAGAAGCCUGAGAGUAGUCCGGGCCUGACUCCACAUGGCAGCUUGUCCACUUUACAGAAGAUGCUCCUGGCCUCUGCGGUCCGUGCACAACAGAGUGGCUGUGGACUGCUCCUCUCGCUCCUGGGCGGCGGCAACAAUCACCACUGCUUGUAAGGGUGAAGGGUUAAGUCAAGCAAACUGAGACACUGAUUCUCUCCCUCCAGGUGAAGGCUUGCCUGCCCUGGCCUCUGCCAGCUCUUGAGCCAUCUUGGGCACUCCCGAGGGCCAGCUUCCUUUCUGAUGGGGUUUUUCUUCUGCCUUUCUGCCUGCUUGAGGUCUCUGUCCUUCCCCCACCCACCGUCACCUCACAAAUGCGAAGGAAACAGGCCAGUGGGCCUGCCAUGCAUGCACCUGGCCCCGGAUAAAGAGAGCUCAGAGCCUUCACCAUUUCGCUAAUGCCUCUGACUUCCUCAGAAGCCCUGAGCCUUGAAAUCAGUUUGUGAAUGGCCCGAGGAGUCCAGGCUGCAGGCUUUGCUCUCCUAGGCCUCCCCCUGCUUAUCUCGAAUGCAGCCCUUCUGAGAGCAAUACAAACUACACUAGGAAUGUGGGUGUGGGUGGUUUUGGUUUUUUUGUUUUGUUUUGUUUUGGUGGGGUCGGAUUUUGCUUUUCAUCUGCUUCAGAAGGAUACGGGGAGGAGAGCCUCUUUGGUUUUUCUAUUAAAUUAAUAAAUCCCAGAAUAAUGCUCUUCUCUUCUUCCUUCACACCCUACUUCACAUGCCUGCUACAGGCAUGACUGAUGUCAUGCCUGGAUCCAGAUUGAAGGUGCUGCUGUAGCAGCUUGCUAGACUUCAGGGAGCCCCUGCUAGAAGCAGUAGGCUCAGGAGCCAGAGGCAUUCUGGAACUGGAGUGCUUGGUGGCCUUGGGAGGAAGGGCCUGGACUGCUAGACUGGCUCUACUUCAGCUUCCCCAGCGGAGGGGACCCCACAACGUCAGCUCAGACUGGAAUGUGGACUCCUUACCACUCAGGCUCAAGAGCCAGAUACAUGAGGGCGCCUGCCAGCUCCCUGAUAAACCUUUCCACUGUUCAGGUGGUCUCUCACCCCUGGUCCCUGGCUACACCAUGUACCUCAUCUAGGCCUCUCUGAAGCUGUCCUGAGCAACAACUGUGGCUGCCAUUCUCCUGACUGCCAGUUUUGUUUCAUGGUACCCACCCGGAGAUUAUCCACACAGAGCAUCCGGGGACUUGGCUGCUCCCUCUGAGGGCUUUGUGUUAGUAUCCUCAUUGGUGGCCGUCCUGCAAGAAGCAGGGACAAUAAGCUAGGGAGGCUGAAUGGUCAGCAUGUGGGCAGUUCAGAGAUCAGGGACACUCCUCUUGAUGAGACCUUUAACCCAGAGAAAGAAGCCACUUGCUAUCUGUUGGUAUUUGGUGACUGCAUCCAUGAGUCACAUUUGCGAUGCUGUAAGGCCCUGUCCUCGAAACGGUCUGAUGAGCUCUGACUAUGCAGGCUGCUAGAUAACAUACCACAACAAUGUAACAACUCUUUCUUGUAGAAAGGUGUCUCCAAGAUGCCUUGACUCCCCCCCCCCCUUUGUGCAUCUUGCCCUGAGAAUCUUUUCUGUCUCUUCUCAAGUCCUGCCUUUACGCCAUCAGGAAAAGUCAGGGUUAGACCCUGCAGUAGGUUACAUUCAUAUGCAGUGCAAGAGACGUCAGGAGACCAUCCAUGCCCACCAGGACUACUUUGUAUCAGGUUCAGGAUGGAGUAAGUGGUUGAGUAAGUGGUUCUUCUUGCAUGUUGCCCUGUCUCUGCCUGAGACCUUAUAGGACAAGCCAAAAGUAGCCUUUCUAGCCCUGAUGACUUGCACCUCAGCUGUUUGUCCCACACACAGACCCCACCACUAGCUAGAUGCAUGUGACGCUUAGUGCUAGCCAUUUGGUGUGGCUUCUAGCCCUCUGCAGUGUCAUGAGGCUCAGGGUUAGAAUGGCGCACCUGAGAUGCCUCCUGCCUUCUCUCUAUACACAUCUUUGGCCUAUAGGCCAGCCCCACACCAAAGGCACCUGGGCCUGGGUGAGGGUAUCCCUGCCCUGCCUUAGGCCUUGUCCCAGAGUCUUGCCACGGGGCUGUCCGUUGGGUGCUGACACUCAGGCCCCAGACCCCUGCCUACAGGGGCCAGGAUUUGAAAAUGCAAGUUCAGGCUUUGGGUGAGCAACUUGGCUGAUAGGGUGGACAUAUGGAUCGGAGUUUAUUACAGGCAUUUGAAAUCAGUUGAUUCAGGGGAACGGUGGCAUUCUUACAAACCACUCCAGAAGUAAACCACUGAGAGCAGCCACUGGAGACCGUGGUAUCAUCUCUUCACAGACCUGCGAAACUGUGAACUCUGUUCUGACAGGUCUCCUGGAGUUUUCUUUUCUCCCUAGCUUUUUGGGUUCCUUCUGUUGCAAAGGUGUUGGGAGAGAGGCAGACUGUGAAUGAGGCCCGGAAAUGCACUACAUUGUAUUCUAUUAAACUGGAGUUACUUGAUUCAAAGAAGAGCUGCACUGCUCUGCUUGUAUUUAUUGUCUCAGAGUAGCAACAUUGUGACAAUCAAACAGGACUUGCCUCAAGGCCUGCCCCUCCCGGCAUCUGUACCAGCGAGUCCUCUAACUACAGGACUGGCUCUUUCUGGAGCCACGAAAACCACGAACUCUUUUGAUCGAACUCUUCUGAUCGUGUGCUGUGAGGGUGGGCGGACAUCUGAGCUUCUUUUCCUCUUUCCCAUUGCCGUCUCUGACUGUGGGCAAUCUCAAAGGGAUGCUUUGUCUACAGGGUGCAACUGUGUUAUAUGGAUGUGUCCUUUUGUACACUUCUUUUUACAAGUUUGCUCUUCACAAGCUUUCUGUGGUAAGGACAACAGUCCAUGCUCUAGGAAGACGUCCAGGUCUGGGAGCUGACUUAUGCUUCCCAGGCAUGGAUCUACUGCCUGGCUGUGUUGACUGCUAUGCAAAGCUCUCCCUGUCCGCAGCACGUGGAAGGUUACCCAGGCAGUGUGGCACGCCUGCUUGGUGGAACUUUCUAGGCAAAAUGCAUAGGUAUCAUAUUUGUUUAUUACAAACAUUGUUGUGAACGAGGGAUAAAAUGUCCACAAUAUAUGAGAAAGU